AAUUCCGCCGAGUAAGCCCUGUUCAGAUUCGUUCUCAGUUUGAAGUUGACGUAUUUCGUUGAGUGAACGUUUUGUGGAUUCCUUGACUUGAAGCUAACCCAGCUGGACGCUGGACAACUGGUCGUAAUACCCAUCUCUGAUAAGCAGACGACGCAGUGCAACCAUAACCACCAGGAUGAACCGCCACGAGGGCGUUGUGUGCAAGGGCUGCGGAAAGGAGUCGUUCAUGGGCAGGUGCUAUCGCUGCCUGAGCUGUCGCGACUUCAGCAUGUGCAUGGAAUGCUAUAAUGCCGACUUUACCACCGCUGAGCAUCCGUUCGACCAUCCGGUGAAGUGCAUCUACACGCAGGCGGAUGUGGAGCUGUACUUUGGCGGCGAAUACAUCAGCGGUGAUCCGCCGCAGAGCUACCGCUGUCCCUACUGCAAGCAGUGGGGCUUCACGGAGUCCUCGUUUUUGGAGCACGUUUCCACCAUGCAUCCCAAUGCCAGUACCCUGCUGGUCUCCACCAUGGUCACGCUUUUCGAGCAGCAAGAGGCCUCCCGUCUCUUUUUGGAGGACGAGCAGCUGGCCUCCAUUUCGGCGGCGGCCACAUCGCGGAACCAGCAAAUGCGACGCUCAGUGGGCACCCUGGAUCUCUACCUGGAGCGACUUAAUCCGGAUGGCAGUUACCAACGAACGGCUGGCCGAAACGAAGAGGGUCCAGCAUUCAAGGCCAGUGAAGUGGUGGCCAGGGAUCGGGCCCAUCGUGGUGGCCGGCGCAGUGCUCAAUCCAUAGGCAGAAGUGGCUCUUCCAGCAGAAUCCUGGCCAGACCUUCGCCACCUACUGCUGCCGUCGUGGAAGCUAAUUCCAGAAACAACCACCCCACCGACAAUGAGACAACCAUGAGCCUGGGAGAAGAGGCGUUCUACAACAAUGGCAAUGCUCGCGUCGCAUUGUUGCGACGCGUUUCGGCGGGCAGGAACCAUCGUUCGAGCACUUCGGAGUCUUUGGUGCCACCUGCACUGGGAGUCACUGCCCAGCAGGUCCUGGCUCCCAGCUCCAGUGCUGCUGUGCCCAUCACCCAUCCCUCGCUGAUCGAGAUGAUGCGCUUCUAUGGAGGCAAUCUGCAAAUUGAACCUGGUACUUCCCCCUCCGGUCGAGCCAUUCGCGCCUGGGCCUCGAACUCAGCUGCAAGGACGACCAGCAAUAACCGGACCGUUAAUGUCUAUGGUCCCAGUUCCCAUAUCAGCCAGGCUCCGCACAAUGCCAGAUCCUUUCCCGUGGCCCCGGAAUCGAAUUCUCGAGAGGAUCGUCGAAGGGCGGCCCGGAUGUCCGGCAUCCAGGGAAGUGGAGGAGGAGCACUGCAGCGACUGGGCUCCAAUCCCCGGGCCCUGGCCACUCGCAAUGUGGAGUUCAGUGAUCUGCUGGCGGUUGACAGCGAUCUGGUCAGUCUCAGUGCGUCCUCGGUGGAGAACCUGAGGCGAUGCCUCAAUGAGGAGCCACCUGCGGUGGUCAAGCUGAGGGAUCAGGAGGGCAAACGCUACCUCUGUCAUCGUUUCCUUUCGUCCAGGACAUCAAUGCGUCCGAAGAACACUUUUUUGGUCCUUCGAGCCGAAUUUGUGGCCCAACUGCUAUCCUCUGCCUUGUGCGAAGAGGACUUCGAGGGGAUAUCCUUUGCGGUCGUGGCGAACACCAAUCCAAAAGUGAAGGCAAUCUCAAGCAGCAACAUCGCCGGCGCCGGUGAUGCUGAAAAGAUCCCUCCUCCUUAAUUUAUGAGAUCAAUUUUGUGUACUAUUUGCAGUUGCCAAAGGGCAGUGCUUUUUCUUAUAUCACUUUUGAAACGGUUAAAUUAUCUGUCCAUAUCAAGCGAAUACCUUCUUCUUUUGGCCUUGCAAUCAGUAAAUUAAUGUCAGAUCGAAAUCAUUUUUUAAGAUGUACCCAAUUAGUCUAUUUAUAUGUUUUUGUAACCAACGAGAAGCAGCCCUAAACCCUGUGAUUUAAGAUCGUCAUUGGGUUAAAUUUGUUCUUAAAAUGAUGCGGAAAAUAAUAAAUAAAUAAAUAAUAAAGACCGAA